CUAGCAACCUGCAAACACAGUUGAGCCUCGGGCUCGGCCGGCCAGCCCCGGGGGACUGACGCGUCCUCAGACCCUCUCGCCAAGGCGGCUGUGCAGCGGCUGUGCGAGGCGACUGAAUCUGAGCUCAGGUUGCUGCCCAGCGCAGCCGCUCGCAGCCCAGAGUGCUGGGCCCGGGGGUCUCUGCAGCAUGUCGCUGCACUCCUGGGAGUGGGAGGACGAGGACAGGACCAGCACAGGGCCCCUGGUCUCCCCGGGCAGCUUUUACCAGACCAGGAGUGAGUGUGAUGUGGAGGAGUGCCUGAAGGCCAGGGCGCAGGUGUCAGAUUCUGACCAUCAGUGCAGCAGCGUGGAGUCCUCAGACGGGCCUGCCAGCAACCCCAACUCUGACGUGCCCCAGGUCGUCCCCUGCCAAUUCGUCAUCUCAUUGGCCUUCCCAGCGCGUUUUGGUCAUAAAGGAAAAUAUACAAAUUUGAUGGAAAAAUAUAAGAAACAAUCUAAAAUGGACAAAGGUGCUGCAAAGUCUCGCCGUUUCUACCACAUUGAGUAUUUCCUUCUGCCGGAUGAUGCCGAGCCUAAGAGAGUUGACAUUGUGGUGUUUCCAGCGGUGGCCAAAGUGUUCUUGGACUCAGGAGUAAAGACCGUGAGGCCGUGGCAUGAAGGGGACAAAGUCUGGGUGUCAUGGGCCCAAACUUUUAACAUCAACAUGACAAAGGAAUUACUAAAGAAAAUAAAUUUUCACCAAAUAACGUUGAGGCUCUGGGACAGUAAGGACAAGAUUUCGAAAAAAGUUCGGUAUUAUCGACUAAAGGCUGCUGGGUACUCAGAAGACGCAGCCUCUUUCGAGGAAGUGAGACAUUUGGUUUUAAAUCAAAGAAGCUUGUCUGAACAGGGCGUUCACAUCGAAGAGACGUGGAGCCAGGAGUUUGCACCAGGAAAACUAGAAAAAGCAGGAAAAUGCUUAAAGUCUCUGCAUGGUUUUCACCCAGGAGGGCCUGAAAGUUUUCCCAAGAACGCCGAGGGAUGUGAAAAGCUGCUCAAAACAGAAGAUCUGGCCACAGUUCAAUGGAGUACUUCAAGAGGACCGACUCUUCCUUUGGGAGUGGCAACUCUGACGGAGAUGAAGGAAUUAAUUGAGAGAUCAUCAUUUAGCAGCUUACCAAACAUAUUAGAAAAGCAAAAAGUUCAAAUUAAACAGAAAGAACCGGAGGGGAGAAAAAAAGGCCACAAGGGAGGGAAGAAAUCUCAAGCAGAAGACGAAACUGAGCCCACGCAGGCAGGCCACUGGAAGCAAGAUGCCUUCUCCAUCCAGCUGGCACUCAUGCCGCUCCUCGCAGGACAGAAAACUGUUGUGAGUCGUGGCAGUGGGAAGUGUGCCAACAUUUUAGAUUGUCUUUUGACUUUAAAAACAGAAGUUCCUAUCAUGACUGAGGAGCAAAAGCAGGACUUGAACCCUCUGACCAUAACGAUCAAGUGUGCCUCCUGCCUUCCAUCACAACCUGUGCCCAUCCAUGAACUAGAGAGGCUGUGCAGCCCCGUGUACUGCAGGUACCAGUUCCACAGGACUCCAAUCCACAAGACUCAGGGGCAGCCCCAUGGAGUCCACAUCUACUUCCAGGAUGUCAAUGUCAUCUUCCUUGGGGCGAUUCACCCCAGUGACCUGAGGGAAUACCUGGAGGGCCCCCCCAUGGUGGUGGAAGUUCACGACCGGGACCGCAAGUCAGAGGAGUAUUCCCGGAAGCCCACCCUGUUUGGGGAGGACCCCCUGGAUUCAUACCUCAACCUCCAGUCUCUCAUCUCUCCAAAAGAGACAGAGAACAACCCCUUUGAAUCCCAAAAUAAGAUGUGGGACCCUUAUGGGGUUGCCCAGGUCAGUUUUGCUGACCUCCUUCUUGGCCACAAGUACUUGAACCUGGCUGUCCCCAUCCAAAACUGCCAGCCCAAGCCCACAAACUGUGGCGGCCGGGACAGCACGAGCAGGAAGGUUGUGGGGUUCCGGGCUCCCAUAGACGGCCUCCAGCACGGCCCAAUGCCUACGGGCAACUACCUAGAGGCCAACUCCUUGCUCAAGCUGCGGGUGGAGAUCGCCGUGCCGCUGCGGGCCAGGGCCGAAGCCCCCGAUCCAGACCUCACAGGCAGCCAGUUUGGUCGGAUCAUUUUCGUGUUCGGCUCCAGGAAGAUCCUCCUGUACAGCCUGCUGCAGGACGUCGCCAUGAUCAAUGCCAAGGCCCUCGACCUGGACUCCUACCCUAUCCUGACCAUCCAGCAGAUCCUGUCAGGGUUUAAGAUGCGGGUGAGGAUCCAGGAGAAGCAGGACCUGGAUGUGCUCACAGGCUUCCACCUGCUGGAUGGCAAGAUCCACCUCCUCAUUCUGGAAGGCUUGGCUGACCGAGGCUUAAAGUGGCUGUGGGAGAGCCACCAGAGGCGAAUCACUGAGUCUGAGCACGGGAGGUACAAGGUGCUCUACAGCUCCCAGCUGCUGUUCCGACGCCGCCUCUACGCAGACCUGGAGACCGUCCUGUACCACGUGCACCUCUUCAAGCCGCUGUCGCUGCUCAUGAAGCAGGCGUCACUCUACAUCCGCAACACCGUGCCGCAGACGGCCUUCCAGGCCCUGACCAGGAUCCACUGCAUCUGCUUUUACAGCACCAGGCUCAGGGAGGUGAUCGCAAGAGACCUGCUGCCCUCCUCCGCCAUGAUCAAAGACUUGAGCCAAGAGUUUGGGUUGCCCCUUUCACAAGAAGAUCUCAGAGAUGGGAAACUGUUCGCUGUGCCACCUCAGCCUGCCCCCAAUCUCGAGGACUUACGAAGUCGGAAUUCCACCUUCACUGAUGAGAUCCAUGCCCACCAGGAGAAGUACCUGCAGUGGCGGAAUGCCAUGAUGCUGAAGAAAAGCCAGGAGCACAGCCUGAUCCAGAAAAACAUCAUGGCAGUGCACCGGGUCAGCAGCAAGCCUCCAAAGUCUGCAGUGAAGGUGAUUAGAAUUGCAGCCCCUGCCAAAGAUGCUGUCUAUAACUACAGUACUCAGACCCUGAGUUCCACAGAGUUUGCCAAGGAGCUGUAUCGAAAGAUGGCCAAGGAACCAGGCAGGAGAUUCACAUAUUCACAGAAUUACCUCUCAGCCAUGGUGGAGCCUCAGGACUCAAAGGAAGACGAGAAGAGAGCCAAGAAGAAAUCCCAGCAAGCCUGGAUCACAGCCGAUGGAUUCCGAGUGACAGGUCUUCACAGCAGCAUUGCAAGUGACUAUCACCUCAGGCUGCUGCCCACUGGCACCAUCACAGAGCUGCAUGAGGAGUGGAGGGAAAACGCACUGUUUGCUAAUACGCUGAGGCCUGUGCUCAAUCGAGAGAGGUGGAGCUGGGACAGGCGCCACCAGGACUUUGAUCUGUACAAGAAGCCACCACCUUUCCUCAAGCUGCCCCCUUCUCCAGCACUGACGCCUGUAACAGGGAGGAAGGCGACAGCGCAGGCCCUGCGCCCCGAGCAGCACGGACCCUCCCGUUAGCUCCCCACGGGCCUCAACUCGGCAAACCCGACAGGCCUCGGGCCAGCUGCAGCAUGGACCUCGCACUUCACCUGCUCUGGGACCACCGCUGGGCGCCGAGGCCCUUGAUUUGCUCCUGAGACUCCCUAACGGAGCCAUGCCUCCCAAUGAGCCCCUCCCCAACCUAGCAGCCUCAUUAAAGUGCAAGAGGACAAAGCUGGCAAAGAAGCUGCCCAUGGGGUUGCGCGCUGUGGGCUCACCUCGUGGUCAUGGUUCCGGAGCCCCACUCGGAUUGAGCGGCUGGCCCGCGACAGCACGGCUGUCAUGCCAUACAGGUUGAUGAGGAUAUUGGCCACCCGCUUCAAGACCAUCUGCUCCUCCACGAUGGUCUGGGGACAGAGGCCCAGGGAGAAGACUCGUCACCUAAGACCCCACGCCCCCACCACAGGCCCUCCCUGGGAUGCGUCUUCACCCAUCUCCAAGCCUCGCUCGUGCCUCGGGAGAGGGGCUAGUGCUACCUUCCCUGUCGUGCUGUGGGAGGCCGGCGUGCGGCUGCCUUCUGUUUUCCCCUUGCUCUGUCUAGAUUUGGGCAGAGGUCAAGUCCUAUCCUGUAGAGAUACAUGCCGAAACCAUUAUGGAUGCAAGCCAGGAGUGGUGAUGCUGACAGAAGAAACAGGACUGGCUGUGAGCUAACAACUGCUGAAGCUGGGCGACGGACUGGGACCAGCUCCAGACCAGGUACCAGAGGAAACUUUCUCUACGUACAUCGAGGGCCCCCCAGCCUUGGCUGCAGGAGGACAGCCUAACCUUAGUCUCUGGAGAUGAACCAGGCAAGGAGACAGAACAUCAAGAAAAGCUCCCGGCUUCUGCAACGUUCUGUUUAAAACCUAACUCACGACCUGGUGGGAAAAUGCCCAAAAUAUUAAACCUCCAAAUGACCAGCUCACAGCCACGAAAUGUGCCCAGCCCUUAAAUCACCACCACCUACAGCUCUCCCCGAACCCCUGGCCCUGAGCUGAUCAAAGCUGGAAGCAGCCCCAGUAAAGGCCCAGGGGGAGGGCUCAGAGAGCAGUGGGUGCGGGGCAAAGGCUGCAGAGCCAAGAGCACACUUUUAUCUCAAAAGGACCUGAGAGUAAACAUAUAUGGUAUGUGCACAUGCAUGCCUGCACACACAUGACUAUGUCCUGUCCUGAUGAAACAGUUUCCAUUCCUUGCCCCAACACGCACUUCUUGCUUGUCCCCUUAACCCCACAGAACAGGGAUGACCACCUCUGCAUUAGGUAAGAGACAAGCUGCAGUGAUUGGCUAAGGGUAGUAAGGCAGAAUUACACUGGGAUUCCGGGGAGAAAGCCAAGGUCUUCACCUGGGGCUAAACAUAUCACUGCAAUGCUGCAAGAAUUACGCAGACAGUCCUAAGGAUAAAGAGCCCUGUUCCAAGGUUCCGGCUUGUCGAAUCUCCCAUCUCAAUGUGCCUUGUGCCCUAUAGCCAUACGCCUUACUCCUCUGCACCAUAAUGAGCAGCCAUGCCUGGUGGGCUCCGCCUGAGCUCUCCCCAUAUGGUUACUCCUCCAACACAAAGUGCUCUUGGCUCUGGGGGAAAAGCCUCUGCCAGGGAGAACUAAGGGCUUCCUGGUGGAGAUGACGCUGACAUCAGCCAACUCGGCUUUGAGGUUACACACACUGCUCCUCCACUGCCCACAGGGACCCAGAGAGCACAGCCACCUUCAGGGUCCUUAUCCAUCUCGGACAAAGAGUGCAGAACUCAAUAGCUCUUCCUGCCUAGAAGUCCCCUACCCAGUCCACAUGCACUCACCAGCCAGCACCCCGUAUUUAGCCCACAAUGGGUGUUUCUGUUCAUACCAGCAGUGUUACAGCUUGAUCUUAAAUACCUUUAAAGGCUACCUUUCCUGA